GAUACAUACAUAUAUUUUUUAUUGCGUGAAGCACUACAAAUGUUUGUAUGAAAAGUACUAUACAAACAGAGUGAUAUACAGUAUAUUAUAUAUGUGAUUGAGUUAGGCUACAGCAUAUUGUAUAGGCCUACACACAAACACCCUGACAAAGUCAAAUUGAUCGCAAAUGUAGCCCACAGCCCCAGCUGCAGCUGUCUUCACAGGACUGCAAUGAGACAGUGUUCUUGUUGAUGUAACAGUUUGACGUUGGCAGCUGCUUGCACUUGUAACGAUGCACUUGACGAAUGAAAACGCACUGCCUGCUACAGUCUUUGUCUGUGUACCGAAUUGCGUACUUUUCUCCGCCCGAUGGCAGUCUGUGUGUAACAUGUUCGGCUUUUACUGGUGGUCUCUGAUUGGUUGACACCGCAGGCUGAAAAUAACUGGAUCUGGGGCGGAAAAUUAAAGAAAUAAGUUGCCAGAUUGGGUGGCUUUAGGAUGGAUUAUGUUGGUAAAAAAUUAGCUUGGGUGGGUUGACAAUAUUUUGUCCUGGUCCAGAGGCGAAAUGAUUGAACUGGUUCAUGCGUAUUGGUGAAAUUAGUUUUUGACUGAGUGUUUACAUUGAGGCUGUAACAGGCUAUAUUAAUAUUGGGCUUGUUUUUGAUGCUGAGAUUGGUUAUUUGUCUCACAAGAGUUGGCAACACUGCACAGAAUGUCACAGUUUGCCUCUCAGUCCCUUCCUGCAGCCUCACACUCCGAUCCCCAGCCCUCUGCAUUAUUCUCUCUAUCUGUCCCUGUCUCUAGCCCCAACUCCCGACCUGCCAUCCUCAAGCUGUCCACCAGAUGCCCUCAGACUUUCCCUCCUUUCCCCGUCACCUGACUGCCCACCCAUCUGCACUCCUGUUCCCACUUCUCUCAUCAGCCCUGCAGUUACCUGGCCUACUCACCUACUCCUCACCUGCAACUCAUUCCCUCAUCCGCUACUCACCAUACCAGUUCACUUCUUCGUUCCUUGUGAGAUUGUUAGUUUCGAUGUGCCUCAUGUUUUUGCUAUCUGUUUACGUGAGGACCUGUAUCCUGUUUCCUGCAACCCAGUACCUGAACCUGUUUCUGCCUGCCUCUUUGACCUUUUUGCUUCAUUAUUGUAUUUUGGAUUCUUGCCUGUGUUGGACUCCUUCUCUGGUUUUGACCCAUGCCUGCCUCUUCAGUGACCCAUCAUGCAGCAGGAGCUGGGGCUCCACACCAGGUCCUCAGGUGCUGCCCUCCAUCAAGCCUUUUCAUGCACUGAGAACCACCUCUGCUGCCCUUUCCUUCUGUCUCCCACAAAGGCCAACUCAUCCUAUCCCUGGUCCAAGCAUUUUACUCCAACUUAAUACACUUCAACUUCAGACCUCCAUAUCUCUUGAAGGUUCAUUUCCUAACAACAAUAAUCACACACAUAUGGAGAUCCAGCUGGCCUCCAGAAGCAGGAUGAUAAACAAUACUGAUCCACAGAGCAGCAAUCACAGAAGAGAUAAUCGAGUCAAACCUGAAGUCUCUUCGGGUCAGUCAAACCCCAUAAAGGCUUCCAGGACUCACAAUGAGCUUCACAAGGAACUGCUGCUGGCCCACAAGAGGGGUCUGGCACUGAGCAGCAGGUCAGAACUUCAGCAGGUGCUGGAGAGGAGGAAGAGGGUGCAGAGUGACCAGGAAGAGGAGGGACAGAGCAGGACUCCUCUGGAGGAUUUGUUGCUCAGACGUCAGCAGAAACAACUUGAGGAGAAGGAACAAGAGGAGAAGGUGGGAGAGGAAGCCCAGUUGAUGGAGUUUGUUAGAGUCCGACAAAACCUAAGAAAGAUUCACUCAGCGAUCCAGAACAAGGCUGCAAACUCCUGAAGUGCUACAGAAGAAUGCACCCAAAAUGUAAAAUGAACUCAAGACACUUCAUAUGAAUGGAUUUAAUAUGUAUUUUUUAAAGAGAGACAUAGAUUCACAGAUACUUAUGGAACAGUAUUCUUUUAUAGCUAUGUAAAGAAAUGUCAUCUGCCGCUUUGUGUACGUCAAAUUAUUUGUAAGUAUUUUUGCUUGACAUAUUAGUUGUUAUUUAUCAAUAGUAUGUUGUGGAAAACCAGUAAGAUCUCCUUUGACUUUUGAACUUGUUAACAUCAUUAUUGUGAAUGCAUGUCAAAUAUUUCUUUAUGAUCUCAGCUAAUGAAACUACUGAUAUGCUUCUAUUCAAAUGCCAGAGUGAGACAUUGAAAGAAUCUGAUAACAAUACCCUGGAACCUUAUGAACCUAUAUAAAGUACAGUAUAUUUGGUUGACAUACUGUUGAGAUAAUGUUUUGAAAGUAUACUUUAGGUUAGGGGCUUUGUGUAUAUCUGCAGCUAAGGGAAAACCUAAACACACAAUAUAACAGGGGGCUUUAAAAACAUCCAGAAAAUAUGGCAGGAUGACAAGAAGAAUAAAGAUGAUUUCAAAUAAAGCAACAGGAAACACAUUCAGUUGCUGAGCAUCGACACAUUUGUUUGCUAAAUCAAACAAGAACAAGACAGGUCUACAGCCAGGCCAGCGGCUCUGGGAGGGUGUAUGAGGCACAUCAGUGCUUUGAGCUAAAUGAAAACAUCAGCACGCUAACAUGCUCACGAAGAAAAUGCUAACAUACUGAUGCUAAGGAGGUAUAAUGUUUACCAUGUUCAAUUAAAUCAUCAGGAACUAACCAACACACGAAUAUAGCUCUAUUUUCAGUUUUGCUCAAACCUGAAAAAGACCCAACAUAUCAGCCUGAUUAACUGUGACCAACAGAUUGGAAUUAGUUGAGUUCAUUACCAUUUUAAUUCUAACACCCAGGAGUUGUCGUGUGCACCAACAACCACCACGUGGCAUCUGUGAGCAAGGUGGAGCCUCUGGGAUCCCCACUUACUGUACAAUGGCAGUCCUACAGUGCAGUGCACUCACAAGAAGGCACGGAUAAUUCAAAAUUGGUUGUAGGCAUUUCACAAAGUAUGUAAAGUUUCCCCUAACUCAACAAAUCAAAAUUAAAACAUGUGUUUUUCACAUGUGUAAGUCCCCUAAAAUAUCAGUGCUUGACUUUACUGACUAAUAUCUGUGCAAAGCUUGUAUAUAGAGGUGUUUUCACACUUUCCUAAAAUCUGAGAUUCAAAUGUAGUCCGGGCAAGCUGGAUUUGGGACGUAACAAAUUCAAAAGCCAAUCGCAAUGUCUAGAAACCUGAAACCUCCAGCGCAGAGCGGACUUGUCAGCACAAGGAGCGAGAGUUUGCACUAAGUUAGUGUCGUGAACGUUUUGACAGCAAACAUGGUAGAGUGUGCAGGUUUUGGAUGUAAACUGGAACCUGGACCUUCCUUCCACUAUCUACUAACAGUACAUAAUAACAAUGUGAACACUCUGUAACAUCGUAGCAGAUAUUAUAUAUAUAUAUAUUUUUUUUUUUUUUUGUUGUUGUUUCUCAACCACUAACGCUGUGUCAACCACUGCCAGUUAUAGGCUAACAAGCUAAUAAACAACAUAAACAAAUAAAAGAUGCUAACUACACUCACCAUUCUGAUACAUUUGCCGAUUUUGGUGCACAAUAGACUCCUCAUCUGGGUCUGACUGAGGCUCAAACAUGUACAGCUGAAUCUCUCCGAUGUUUCCUCUAACUCUAGCCAUCUUGACACACACCGCUCUCUCACCAUGGAUGUAUGUCUCUCACCCACAUCCAUGCUCUCACUGUCCACCAUCCAGAAUUUCACUAUGACGGAGAAAGAGUACAUGUGCUUCCAGCCCCCUUUCAGAGUUCUUUUUACUUUUUUUCGUGGGAUAACCAUGUUAAAUAAAAUACUAGCAGAGUAUUUUUUAUAUACUUUAAAACGUGUCUGGAGGGGAACUUUAAUGAUUUUUGAGGGGUGUCUGGAGACUUUCUCCCUGUGCGACAAGGGAGUAUAUUGCAGUUAUUGUUUCAAUGUGUCAAUAAAAUUUUACAAAUGUAAAAAAUGAUGUUUGUCUUGUUUCAUAAAUUAAGUGUAAAUGGUGAAAUCAGUUAGCAGAGACAGUAUGUUCACAAACGUUUGUUUAUCUUGGCAGGUAAGACACAUACUUUAGACUGUGUCCCUGCUUCCUUAUUUUGUGUGGAAAUACAGCCAAUCACACAAUGUACUGUGUCUGAUUAAGAUGUAACAAAAUGUCUCUUAAUGUGUCCACAUGUGAGUAUGUGUAGGACAAAGAUUUCAGACAGGGAAGGUAGCUGUGACAGUAGAGAGACUGGAUGAAAGCAGAGAUCAUUACACCUAGAGAUGAAUCAUCAUGUUCAAAAUAAUCCAUCCCAAGUCCGCCUAAAACUUAAACUAACAUAAAGAAGUCUGAACAAGUUGGUUUUCCACCAAAGCACAUCUUGUUAUCUUGUAGUGAUCUCACUCCUAUAAUUGCAUAGAAGGAUGACAACUUUCCCUUCAAUAAACUUUGUUUAACCAGUGUGUUUCAGGUGUUCCAACAACCCGAACACUGCACUUGGAAUGGGUUCCGCUCAUGUAUUUCCAUACAAUUUCAGUUCACACCUACGCUUUAAAACUGUACACUAUGAAACCCGACUUUCAACUAUAUUGUCAAUUUUCUUCAGGAAUGUUAACCUGUAAU